CCGCGAUCCAUCAUCGUCUUUGCAUCUGCAUCGACGCCUCAGCAAUCCGCCGUUGCGCUCGCCUUCUCCCGAAGUGGAUCCUGCGUAUUUGCAUCGCCAACUUCUGCUUGACACUUUUUUCGGUUCUCACUGGUCCCGUUUACAGACACACCCUCUUUCUGAUGCCCUCCCUCCAAUCAGAGUACAACGUUGCAUGGUGGCACCUUGGGUCAAAACUGCCAUAGAGUUCAAGUCAUUCAUCAACCUCAACGCCUGGCUGGACACAUCCGACAAUACCUGUCAGCAGUCGGUGGACAUCUCUCAGCUAGUGCGGCUGUCAGAAAGGAAGAACAAGUCGGCUUCUGGCACCAGGCUGUCAGUUUGUCCACCAGAUUUGUCUUACGACCGUUUCCAGAUCUGAACAGCGGAAAAACAGAAGAGAAGGAGGGGCACAUAAAGACAAAUAAUCCGACAGGGCAGGAUCCUUGCCGAACACAAGCCGGGGUUGACAAGUGACACAUCCGCCUAGAGGAGCACAGGAAGCACAAGGAAAGGGAGAGGUUUCCGUGUCUGUCGCCCUUGUACACUCUACUCCGUACCUUCUGGGUGUGCAGUACGUACAAAUUGUACCAUACGGUCCUGGGUGCGCUCGGCCUUCUGGGUUCUCCCUGCGACCCGUCCUGUUCAGCGCAGAAUAAACGACGCCUAAGCGGGUGCCACCCAAGUCAUUACCUUUGGGUGUGGAGCCAGUGAGUGCGAGUUGCGGCAUCCCGGGGCACACAAUCCAGUAUCCAGUCCAGUCCUGGCCCACGCCGAGUCUUUUACUCUAUCCGUCGCUCGAAAAUUUUACGCUCACACGCCCUCAUCACACACGCACACGCCUUGCAACGGCCGCAACAAGGCGGCGAGAAAGAGACGGAUUCGGCUGUGCUCAGUGCGGCCACUAUCACCGCACAGACACCUGGAGUGACAGCUGCCACCCUGUCGACUUGUCUUUUUCGGCGCUGGGCCUCACAUCAUCGCAUCCACCAUCCCACCAUCCCGUUUGGCAGCGCUGCAGAUAAACCCCCUGCUUAGGCACACGCCUGCUUGCGCUACCGCCCUCCCUUGGUCUUCGUCCCGACUCGCCGGGAACCCUUCCUUGCCUGAACGCUACUUAGCACUUGGCCAUCCGAUUAGCCUUUCCAGAAGAACCCAACCGACGCAGAACAACCUUCGCCAAAGGCCUAAGCUAGUGGCAGAGCCUAGCGUUCCUCGUCCUGGAGUCCCCUCCUCCCUAGGACUGUGCCUGAAGCGACCUGCCAGCCUAUAAGCCUCCUCAACACACCUUGCCACACACCUUUAACAAGCACUCCCUCUCCACCGCUGUCUGUUAUCACACCUCCAAUCAUCCCUCUUCAACCCCUUCUCCCUCCCAUCAUCGUCAUCCUUCAGCUUGUCACUUCCUCUCCGGCCUGGCCACUCUCACUUCGACUCUCACCUUUCCUCACGCUUCAUACCACCGUUCUCCCUCGCCUUCACGGCUCCUCCAUCCAACCCUCCCGUCAUCCGCCCUCCCGCUACCACGAACACCUGAUCACCGGGCCGGGGUGGUGACUUGGUACCCUCUUACCACACCGUUUUCGCCCUUCUCAGCAAAUAAUAUCUUGGGCCUGUCACUUCGCACACCCUAGCAGGACCUUCUUCCUCCAUUUUCUUUCUCGCGGUGCAGUGCUUGCGGCUGCGCAACCUCUACUGUCGACCUUGAGCUGGAUCUGAGGUCGAUAUCCCUUCGAAUCCUUCCUUGCUAAACGCUCUGGGAGCCGACUCUUUCGACUGCGUCUUUUUGAUUCCAUCCACGCCUCGACGGUCAUUUCCUUGCCGGUUUUCGUUAGCCUCGGUUGUUUCCAGGCCCUGUGUUACCCUCCCUUUGAGACCUGUAUCACCCACCAUCUUCGUUGGACAUGGCGCAAAUGGCCGAUCCGAGGGACUCUCAUCGGCCUCAAUAUCCUCCUCCGGAUGACCCAACCCAAGGUGGCUACUACGCGACACAAUCUCCGUCGAGACCUCCUGUCAGAGACGAGCGCAGCCCAUAUCCUCCGCCAGACCCUGCCCGUCAAGGCCAGUAUCCGGAUCCAAGAGCAGCGCAUCCAUAUCCUCCGCCGCAGGCGUGGCCAGCCCAGCACGGUGCUUAUCCUCCUCCUCACCACUAUCCGGACCCUCAGCAUCCAGGAUAUGCCUACCCACCGAGGCCCGAUAUGGCUCAGCCUCCUCAACCGAUGCAGCCAGAUGCCUAUCGCCUCCCGCCGCCAUAUCCUCCUCCGGGCUACUAUCCCGCUCAGCACUAUGCUCCUCAGCCACAGCCCCCUGCCGCGGCACCCCGACAGCGCACGGCUAUAGCCUGUAAAUAUUGCCGGAAGAGAAAGAUUCGCUGCUCGGGAUAUGAUAGCUCGCCGGACGGUCGUUGUCAGAACUGUGUGCGAUUCAACCAACAAUGUCUCUUCCAUCCGGUCUCGUCCCAAGCGGCUUUCGUUCCGGCAAAUGCCGUCUAUGGGCCGAAUGCUGCUCGAGCUCCGGUUGCUGGUCCGCCCGAUGGCCGCAAUGGUCAUUAUCCCCGCGAAGGAGAACAACCCAUGCUCUAUGGUGCUCACGGACAACCCCUUGGACCUGCUGGACCUCAUGGCCAACCCCAGUACAGCUAUCCACCGCCAGCAGCUCAUGGAUAUCCUCCUCAGGCCUACCCACCUUACCCUCCUCCAAACAUGGGCUCCUAUCCUCCGACCGGAUCACCGUAUGACCCUCAGGGGCAGGCUCAACCCGCCCAGCAAGAUGAUCGUGUCAGUCUUAAGCGUCCCCCUCCCGAUGAUGACCCCCAUAACGAGAACACUCAUGCGUCUCAGUCUCCUCAUCCAAAUUCCCGCCCUCGACACAGCACUUAUGACUCGCGCGCCAACAGCAGCGGCAGUUAUGAGUAUGCUGCUCAAAACAGUGGUGCUCCGACUUCUCCUGCUACUUCCAACAUGAGCUACCAAUCUCAUCCUCAGCAGCAAACCCACUACUCCAACGGCAACCAGUCUCAGAAGGGUACUACCUCACCUCCCCAAGGCUUGACACCGCAGUCGGCCCACAGCUUCAAUUCACCUCAUCAUGCGCCCGUCCAUGACGACGGCAGAACUCCACCACCCAAUCAAGCCAAUAGCCUGGCAAACGGACGGAGCAUGAAGGUUCAUGACAUGCUUGGGAAUCCUUCGACAGUAGUGCCCCCCGAACAACGUGGCAGAAACGACAACGAAAUGCUGAGCAAGCUUGACGGCAAGAAGUAGGAGCUCUGCACUCAGCAUCAGGGGCCCGUUGCUCCUCUCAGUCCGCCAUCUUCAACCUAACGAGAAUUAGUGGCCUGAGAAGCUGGAUCUUUGGGCGCCCUAAUCGUCACUCGGUUGGCAUGGUCGACACCUUUUCCUUUAUAAUUCCAAAAGAUACAUACUCCGGGGCAACCCAACAUCUCCUCUUUCAACACAAUCGGUCUUUACACGAAUUCGCCAGCGAAUCGUAUGGGAGGCUAGAUUUUCAAUGGAUACCCAUCGGGUGGCUGUUUGAUCAGAAUCUUUCCUUGGCCAAGAUUAAUUGCGACACUGUCCUCGAUGGUCUAGGCUAUCAGAGCCUUGUCUUUAUUCACGGCGAACUGCUGAACGAAAUGUAACCUGGGUGGCUAUCUGCUUUUUUUGCUUGUUGCUUAUUGCUUUCUUGCGUACCAUGGGAGGCUAUCAUCACGGUCUUCGGAGCCUGCGCAUAUCACACCAGACUCACCCACUUUCCCUGUAUUCAUAGUGUUUGGCCCCCUCUUUCACGCUCUAUGGCGCGAAUUUCGCAGGAGAAUACUCUUUUCCAAGUCUGUUGAAGAGACCCACUCCGGCGGCUCAGCAUCAGAAGCAGACGAGAGAGUCUCCUGAUGAGUCGUCGCUGGAUGAGGGUGAGAGACGGGGUUCCUGGAGGAGUUAAUGGCAAAGAGAAAGAGGCGGUCCAAGAAAGUGAUCGAGCAGGGCCGUAGCAACAUUCUCCGGCCCGCAGGCAACAACAGCUCGGUCGUGGAUAUGGACUUGCAUGGAAACGAAAGACGGAAUACCAACAGAGGGUUUAUUGAGCUUGUUAAUAGUUGAAUGUGUAUGGUUAUCCUUUUGCGAACCGCUGGACCGCCCUUGAAAGUUCUUGCCUUUGCGAGCAGUGAUUCGUUGCAUUUUGCGACGCGCAAGGCGUUGACCUCGCAAAGGGUGCCAAUGGCGAAAUUUAACCCCCGGAUAGGCGGCCAAUCGUGAUUCUAAUGGGCAGUUGUCAAGACUCGAGAGAGGUGCUGAGACAUGGGUCGCAGCUGUCGAUGCCUCAGGCGUCGAUCAAGGGGUUUGAUGCAGUAGACUUGGAAUGCAGAAAAGAAUCGCUCCCGCUGCAUGACAUGAUGGCCGUACCGUAGGCCGGCGGGACGG